AUGGAAGAGAUGGGUGUCAUAAAGGCAAAAGAGAUCAUAAAAAGCGAAGCAGGAGAGACUACCCCUCUGGAUGGAAACGGAUUCUAUGCGGUUGCGAACGGGGCUAAGCCUGGUAUCUACCCCUUUUACCGUGGUGAGAAUGGUGCGGAGAGAGAAGUCAUCAAGGUGGAGGGUUCAUGUCAUAAAAGAUUUAGGACGAUGGCCCAAGCCGAAGCUUUCAUGGAGGAUUGGAAAGGGACGUACGCUGAAGUUUGGAGUGAAUUGAUAAAGGAAGCAUUGGAUAAAGGUUUCAGACCUCGCGAUAUUCGAUCUUUCGGAUCUUGCGAGAUGGGGCUAUUCACUGAAUUAUUCUUAUACAAACCUGUUAGAUCGACCGAUGUUAAUGAAAUUACAGAAAAGGCAAAGAAACAGCUUUCUCUACAAGACAACAAACGCAAGGGCUAA